AUGGUGCUGUUCAUUUCUCUGUGUUUAGUAAGAACUCAAAAUAUGUUUUGUCCUGAAGGUGGAGUCUGCAAGCAUGGAUUCCUCAUCAAAUCACCACCUCUUCAACUUUUUGGCUCACAGAAUUCCUGGAAAAGGCGUUUUUUCAUCCUCUCCAAAUCCAGCAAGGGCGAUUACAUCCUGAAGUAUCUAAAAGGCCAGAACAUGAAAGGCUCCAUAGCUGUUGAUCAAAUAAUAAGUGUUGAAGUUGGCAUAAGCAAUUCUGAAACUAUGGAAAUGGUGAGGAAGAUGUUUAAAUGCCUUCCUGAACAGGUGAUGACCAUCAGUACUGGAAACAGAUGUUACUACCUCAUUGGGAGCAGCAGGCAGGAAACAGAGGACUGGGUCACUGUGAUUUCUUCAGUCUGCAGGGAGAGCAAAGGAGGUCGAUACUGCCCUCAGAACCAAGAUCUUCCAAAUGCAGAAGUCAGAAGCCGACCUUACUCUUCCCCAAUAUUAUUGAAUUCUGUAGACACAACAAGUUUCUUGGAAAGGCUAAGCUACCAGAAGGAGGAUGGUUCCUCAGAAGACAAGAACAGGCCUGAUUCAGAUCCUGGCCCUCAUCAGGCUCAGUGUGACUCACCAAGAGAAGUUUUUCCAAGACUGCAAGAUAAAAAUCUGGGGAAGAGUGAGGAAAAUCUGCUGUCAUCAGAUACAGAUGAAGACAUCAAAAAGAACAAUGAAAAUUAUUACCAAACUCCCAGCAAUAUUUUAGCAAAGUGCACUAGGGAAGUAUCAAAGCCUGACCCUACAGCUGGGUCUGAUGUCCCUGUGCAAGAGAAGCCAGUGCAGAAGAACCCAGUAAAGGACAACGUUUAUGUGUCAAUGAAAUCACUUACGUUGCUGGAUGAGAGCAGCCAGGCCACAUACAGACGUGAUAGGCCCUCAUCUCCUUCCAAAUGCCAGGACAACACUGCAUGUCCAAGAGGCUUGGAAGCAAACAGAGACAUAAAGAUCCCAGAAAGCAGCACCAGCCAGCAGCCAGCACUCCAGAGAAGGCAAAACUCAUCACUGCUUUCAGUGGUUCAGUUGUCUGUACUGCUCAGUCAAAUUACAGAUGAGAGCCAACUGCAGAAGUUGGAUAUUUUCAUCCCCCUGGCUGAUAUUAACAGCUACCUAAAACUUACUGAAGCAGCAGGACAAAUAUG